UCGCCCAGAGUCAAAUGAAUCCCUGAUGGAGGUGAGGCGGCGACGGGUUAGGCGCCUAUAAUGUGAUGAUAAGAAGAUGUGCACUUUGUUUCGAGAUUGUACUGUCAAAGGUCUGUUUUAUUGUGACAGAAGCGCAUGAGGACGAUCUGAUCGCGGAGCUGAAACCCACGCUUCCCCCGCGUCUGUACGGCUCUUCCGGCUGCGAGACAUGGAGCGUCCGCUUCUCCCCGGACGGGACAUAUUUUGCCUGGUCGAUGGGCUACGGCAUAGUCAAACUCCUGCCCUGGCCGCUGACAUCCAAAGAGUGUGCUGAGGCUGGAUGCAGUGAAGAGAAGACGCUGAACUGCGGGCAGAUGGUGUGGGCACUGGCGUUUGGACCCUGCCGGUCUAUCCGCGCGGAUGUUUUACAUCAGAACGCAUGUGACCAUGAACUACUGCUGGCUACUGGUCUGAACAACAGCACGAUCCAAGUGUGGGUCGUCUCAACUGGGAACCUGCGUUUUACUCUUACCGGACAUGAGGCUCCUGUCAGGGAUUUGGUCUUCGCUCCAAACGGAAGUCUUACACUUGUAUCGGCCUCCCGGGACAAAACAUUAAGGAUAUGGAACUUGGCAAAGAAAGGCUCCAGUCCCCAUGUGCUGCGGGGUCCAAACUACUGGGUGUUCAGAUGCUCCAUGUCACCUGACUGCAGUGCGAUCGCCUCGGUUUGCAACCUCGACUCUAAGGUGUAUUUGUGGAGCUUGCGGUCCUACACCUUCAUGAGACACCUUACAUACGACCACGAGCGUACCAUGGCGUCAUGUGACUUCUCCCAGGAUGGAGCGCUGCUUGCGGUCGCUUCGUAUCAUUCCACCACAGGCUGGUGGCUGGACCUGUGGGACCCGUACACGGCAGAUCUCCUGACUAGAGUAGAAGACUGUGGGGUGUGUGCUUACAGAAGUGACAAUUUACUGACAUCUCUGAAUUUCUCUCCGGUUAGCCUGCAGUUGGCUUUCAAAGACUACAGGGCGUUACAGAUCUGGGACGUGGAACGAGAUAAACUGGUCACCAACACCGAUCACAGUCGCGCUGGUGGUGUGUGCUCCGCUUUCCAUCCACACGGGGGCAUCAUUGCCACAGGGUGCAGAGACGGACAAGUCAAAUUCUGGAGAGUUCCUCAGCUUGUUCCAAGCCUUAAGCAUCUGUGCCGGGUUGCCCUGAGAUUCUCUGUUUCAACCUAUCAGGUGGAGGCUCUUCCUUUGCCCAAAAAAAUCCUGGAAUACCUUACAUAUAGGGACAUUCCAAAGCAAAAGAUCAUAUAUUGUAAAGAACACUGCAGUUGACUGAAAACAAGAAAGGUUUGUGGGUCAAACUUUGCUUUAGAUGUUGCAAUGCCUCAUUUAAUUUCCCCAGACUCAAAUCAAGAGACAUAAAAUGAUGAUGCUAUACUUGGAUAUUUAUUUAAAGACUUUUAUAUUUUACUUUACUACUGUGAAAAUGUAGCAUUUGUUUUUUACAAAGAACUGAAAAUAAACAUUUAAAAAAAAAUA